AUGGCGAGAAGACGCACUAAAAAGAGAACGCAUGUUGGCUCUAAUAAUGGACCGGCGACUAAAUUGGCUUCGAGCAAAUCAUCAAAAACUCCCAAAACGAUGGUGAUUCGCAUUGGAGCUGGAGAAGUCGGACCUAGUGUAAGCCAGCUGGUAAAGGACGUAAGGUUAAUGAUGUCGCCAGAUACUGCGGCGCGUCUUAAGGAAAGGAGGGCAAACAGGUUACGAGACUACAUCACCAUGGCUGGGCCCUUAUCUGUCACGCAUCUUAUGCUCUUCUCGCGUUCUGAAUCUGGCAACACUAACUUGCGAGUCGCUAUCACGCCGCGCGGCCCAACACUGAAUUUCCAGGUCGAAAAGUAUUCACUGUGUAAAGAUGUGAGGAAAGCAUACAAACGCCCUCGAGGUAGAGGGAAAGAAUACAUAACAGCCCCUCUGCUGGUCAUGAAUAACUUUACCACUCCUUCCUCAGCCGAUACAAAAGCCGAAAAUAAGGUUCCCAAGCACCUCGAGUCUCUCGUGACAACUAUUUUCCAAUCACUCUUUCCGCCUAUCAUGCCGCAGAUUACACCACCCUCUUCAAUCAAGCGGGUUAUGUUACUCAACCGUGAGCCCGCCAAAGAAAAUGACGGGACAUACACCCUGAAUUUACGACAUUACGGAAUAACUACGAAAGCUUUGGGCUUAUCCAAACCUCUCCGAAGGCUCAACGCUGCUGAGAAGUUAAUCAAAUCUCAAAAUAACAAUAAAACAAGCAAAGGAAGUUUACCUAAUUUGGGGAAAAUGACAGAUAUUGCAGAGUUUAUGGUCGGUGAUGAAUCCAGGGGGUACAUGACCGAUUUUACCAGCGGAAGUGAAGUUGAUACGGAUGCAGAGGUUGAAGUGGCGGAGAUCAGAGCUAAAAAGAUACUAUCUAAGCAACAAAAAGAUCGCCGUGCAAGAGAGAGCCAAAAUUCUGGGAUGAACAAUCGCACGGAUAGGCGAGCCGUAAAGCUUGUCGAAUUGGGUCCGAGAAUGAGGUUACGCAUGACUAAAGUUGAGGAAGGUUUGUGUAGUGGCAAGAUCAUGUGGCACGAAUACAUUAAGAAGACACCAGAAGAAAUUGAAGCGCUGGACAAGAGAUGGAAACAAAGACACCAAGAAAAAGAAGCCAGAAAACGCCAGCAACGGGAAAACAUUGAAAAGAAGAAAAAGAAGACGAGUACUCCUGCAAACAAAGAGGAAGAUGAAGAGGAGCUAGAUAUGGACGAAUGGGAUAGCGAAGACUUUUCAGAUGAGGAAAUGCUAGAUAGCAACCAUGUAGAAGGUGAAGACGAGACCAUUAAAAAGUAA